UGUCUUUGUCGGCGAUCGCAUGUUUGCGCUGCCGACUGUCAAUCCGAGCACCUCUACCACGCCGCCAGGUGACACCACUGUCAUGGAUACGGUCGCCAAAUCGAUGCCAGACACAGCCACAUUGUCUGUACCUGGUGACCUGCCUGGGAUGCCGUUUUGCCCUCAGCGCUCCAACACGCACACACCGUUUGCAGGAUUGGACUUGCCUACACUGAAGGCGCAACAGAACUUCAAGAGACAAGAACUUCGAACAGUCGAGCAAACCGAAGUACUACAAGCCAGCCACCAGAGCGAGGCGUGGCGAGCGGGAAUGAUCGAGAAGAAGAGAUGUCUGAUCGUUGAGCUUGAUGGUCUCCGAAAGCAAAUCACAACCUUCGAGAACAACGGCACUGCACCAAUGCAGGCCAACACCUUCCAAGGGUCAUUUGGCGCAGCCCCGGGCUCAGUGCCAAUGCCAUCGUUUGUACCGCAAGCACAGCCGCCCGUUGCACAGCCCAUGUACGCUCUUUCCACGGCAAACCCGUACGCAUCUAUGAUGAUGUAUCCACCACCGUUUGGCACCUUCCCCAGCUUUCCUGCUGUGGAUUCAACCCCGUUUGUACCAGCCGCAACAGUUGCACCACAUUCCCCUGGAGAAGCAAGCCGUCGCUCUCAUGCUAUCGAGAUCAAGCCACCUCGCGAGAACGCAACGAAGCAAGGCACGUCCAUUCUGAAUCCAAAGAGCCCUACGUAUGAGCCUUUCACCGACUCUGGACCUACCAACAGCGGCGAUCCUCCUACGCCUUCGCCAGCAAAGCGAUCACCCUGGCGUAACCAAGAGGCACUGCACUUGGAUAAGCAUGAGCGUCGAGCUCUGUCCCAGAAGCCUAGCCUGUCCAGCAUCGAUACACAAGACUUUUUCCCUAUGAAUACUCACGAGUACUCAUCCACACGAGUCGCUCCAAGGGCCGAUGACCUCAAGGAGGCCUCGAAUGACAAGUCGGCCGUUCCGUCUACACCAGAGAAGAAUUGGCCUGCUAGCCCAUGGAAUGAAGGCAACUCUGGCCGUUCAAGGAACAACGAGCCGGUAUCGAAACUCACAUCAUGGCCGGAGGCUUUCGGCAAACAGCCACCUCACUCCUCCUUCCAACAAGGGCUCUCGAGUCAGCCUUCCAGCAGCAUGCAGGAGCAGUCUGCCAUCACAGGUGCUGAUACGUCGAGUUCUAUCUCGAGUGGCAACGUGCUCAUUCAGACGAACUCGGACCAACAUACUGGCACAGAUGAGGACCAUCCUUUCUCCAGCAAAGCCGUGAGGCACCUGCCUUCCACGUAUCAGGAAGGAUACCAGGCCGGCUACGAUCACAUCGGUAUCCCUGAUAUUCCUGAGGUCCUCCAGGGCUACAUUCAAGGCCUUCUUCAUUUUCUGUCUGAUGAAGCCAGGAGGAUCCGCGAGGAGUCCGCUGUCCGUGAUCAGUAUUUGCGAGGUAUUGACUCUCGCACUCCUUCGAUUCGCGGCCUGGCAGCUGGUUCCACGCCCCACGACUCUGCCGUCAGUAUGACCUUUGGUCGCAGCAAACCUCCAGGUGGGAGCCAGGAGAACGUUCACUCCGCAAUGGGCAACAUCACAAAUCCUCAUCGAGACUCAGCCUACAGCCUGCAAGAGAGUACCAGAAACAACACAGGCGCCUACACGCUCUGUAAAGAAGUUGUUCAAGACGUACGCCAGCGGAACGCUUCAAGCGCGAAGUAUCUCAGCGCCGCCGGACUGUUCCCCGAUAGACCCGCAUCUGAACAUCGACAGAGUUUUUUCCCAAACGCCGAACGAGAGACGGGCAAGAGGGUUCAUGAUAACUGUGUUCCGUCCCGCGCGGAUACAUUUGUUUCGAAUGGGGUGUUUGGACGACAUUUCUCUGGCAACCAGCUCAACAACCACACUAAUGGCAUCCCAUUGCCCAUGCAGCGGUUCUACCCGACACCAAAUGAACUGGGCCCAACCAGAUUUGGUAGAGACGCCAUGCCUAUGGGUCGCCAAGUUACUAACCACCGCGUGUCGGGACUGGAUGGCGCAAUGGACGAUCUUGCAGGAAUGGUCAUGGACACGCAUGUCGACGAAGCUCGCACUUCUAUGGGCAGUCGUUUCAUGGAAGCUCACACUCCGGCCGAGAGCGAAGAAGUCGGCGCGUCUUGCUUCAAGGUGUCCGGCGGGAAGGGCAAGCAGAAGGCUGUACAUUCGCCUACGAAGGCAAGCGGAGCUGGCAGAGACAGCACGACAUGCUCACCUGCCAAUGCGCCGAGCUCGCCGAAGAAGUCUGGAGAACACUCACCGGCGAAAGCGAAACUCGAACAAGUGACAAACAAGUUCAGACGCGUCAAGAAGGACGAUGUACGCACCAUGUCACCCGAAGACAAGAAAGCCCGCUCACAGAAAUGGCGAGAGCGAUUCCAGAACAUCAGGAGGACAGAGUUGGAGGAGAUUGAGGAGUAUCGCAAGACCGGCUCUCGAAACUGAACGGUCCUUUCGCUCUGAUUAACGGUGUCUAGUGGAGCACGCGUUGGAUGGAGACGACUACGACCAUGUCAUAUCCUGGUAUCCUUGUUUUCCCUUUCCUUCUUUUGGCAGAUUGUUUCCGCGUCGUGUUUCCGAGGAGCACGCCUAUUUGCUAUACAUAUUCUGGACAUUUUUCUCAACAGGCAGCGUUAGUAUUUCCCAAGCGUGGCUUGUGGCGUUGGUCAAUGGCAACAUGGAAAACCCAGCGAAGAGUGUGAAUAUUUACGAGUCUGCGAACAUUUUUCUUCCUUUCUUUUCCCUUGCUCGACAUGGCUUUGGAUGCAGAGGGCAUGGCGGAGAUGACUGAGGUGGUGCAUGGUCAUGGACGCGGAUGGAUGGAGAUGUUCUUCCGGUUCAGUUUAUGUCUGCGUUGCCUCGAGGCUUGGCCAUGUCUUACACAUUUUAUAUGACUAGCAG